CCGUCUCCAAAAAACUAGCGGCUCCCGGUGGGUGAGCUUGGAAUACCUCACCUUUCUACCCGCCCUGCCUCAUAUCUUCACAUCGAAUUUCUACAAACUCACCUCUCUCACUACAGCUCCGGACUUCUCUGUCUUGAUCUACCCUCCUUACCUACAACCUCAUCCAUCGAAGAUCCUUGAUCAAGUUACGAGAGGAGUUCUCCACCUCUCUUUCGCAACCUGGCAAGGAUACCAGCUUCCACUUACGAUAAACCAACACUGCCGUUUGCUGAAGCCACAGCACGAUCAACACCAAACCACUCCGAUCUGAGCACCUGCAGGGUGCUGUAGAUUCACCUGAGUUUGAUCAGGUAAUACAUUCCCUUCCUAUACUAAUUUCUAGAUACCCGACGCCGCCGUCGAAUACCAUCCGACUCGACAACUUGAACGUUACACCCUUGCCACUUCACUCGUCCCUUGGAGCUGUCCGACCUGGACGCUCCUCGAAUAUCAGCAAAGCUGUCUCCAGCUUGGACCAAUGUGGAGGCAGUGUAGGGGGACAACAAUAUCCCAAAUUGCGGUAUUACCGCAGCAGUCAACACCAUGGUCAAGAUACUGAAGACCAUACAACCAAAGCACAAGGAGACGCUGUCGCCGUAUAUCCAAUCGUUUGUGCAGAACGCAUCGACAGCACCAUGGCAUACCCUCCCACAAGCCCUUGCCGACUUCCCAACCCGAUGGCCUUUUCCCAGAGGUGAUCUCUACCACUGGAUCCCUCUUCUUAAUAGAUUCGACAGCGAUCUCGAAACCUUCUGCGCAACCUAUGCACUCAACAAUGGUCCUCAGGUUAAAGAUUUUGGAUGCGAACUCCUGCAAAAGGGUGGCGCGACAGAUGAGCAGAUUUCCGAGGCUGGGUUUGGCCCGGAGGGCGAUAGAGAAGUCAUAGAGCGAAUCCUGCAUUUCUCUAGGAUAUUACUCGAGAAUUGCGGUAAUAGAAGCAUAUAUUCGAGCAGCACUCACUUGAGCGAUCUUCUCAACAGCACAUCUCUGUCAUUACUGGCCGCGACACUCCAGAUCGGCACCCAGCUGGCGCAGCGCUACCAGGCUACUUUCCGUAGAAUCGCAAGUUCCCAUCGACAGACAAAUGCGACUCUCCUUGCAAACCAUUACAAUAUAGACCUAGAUAAGGUGCAGCAGCUCUCUCAGCCAUUCUCGAGAACGGUUACCUCAACGGAGACUACUGCGCCCACGGUUCCGAACACACCCGUCACCCCGAACGCGAAGGGCAAGGAUAAGGCAUACUUCAGCAUUCCUGUAGCAGGCAGCAAGACCACUACGAGCAAGAGCUACGCGAAUGAUCUGGUUUCCCUUGUGAGGAGCGGAACGCUUCCUGAUCCUAGCCCCAAGGGCAAGAAGGCUGCAUCAACAUCGUCACAAACUUCCGCGGAGGUAGACUGGAAUGAAUGGGGCGAUGUGCGCAUUUCAUACUACGAGUCUCAGGCACGCGGGGAAGAGGCACCACAAUCGACAGCUCAUACUGCGCCGGCUGCACCAGUCACACCUACUCCGGUACGACGCACAUCGAUGCUCGGCAACCAACAUGGGAAUCGAGCCCCCAGAACUCCAGCUUCCGAAGAAGCUCCGGCAACUCCAAGUCGGUCUUCCACGUUGCCAGCCGCAGCGCAGGCUGAGGAGAAAGCGACCUCUAACCUUAAAGUGAUCGACGUCCCAGCGUCCAAAGUUUCCGAACAUUCUGUCCAGGAGCUGCUCCAAGAGUACCUCCCAAGUGUACCGGAUGCAGCAAAAUAUACGCUUCUCACUAAAUUAAGAGUUGCGAAGGCCUUAUCCCAUUCCUUAGAUACUCGCAGACAGAUGCUUGCCGUCCGUCUUUUAGCCGUUACCAACCUGGCUUAUAUCUACCCCGAGCCUAGCUUUUUGGAGAAGGUCUUAAAGCAGGAUAGCGACGAACCACGCCGCCUGCAGCUCAUCUACCAACUGGCGGAGCUGAUCCACCCACCUGCCCAAGGAGACUUGGGAAUCCCUAGGUCUCUCCAAACAAUCGCUGUCAAUGCCCUUGAAGGUCUUGCUCAGCACGCACACAAGUACCAGGAUGUGUGCACGGCAUUAAACACGAAUGUGAACCAUGGAGUUCUCCUUUACAUUGUCCGAAAGGCGGUUGCAGAAAUGGCAACUGAUGAGCCUGGCGACAAGCACACUGAAAAUGACGAGUGGCACAGUGCGUUAUUUGCGCUUCUCUCACACGUAGCCACGCUUCCUCGGGCUGGAAACGAGUUGGUCACCGCCGGCCUCGUCCCCAUUCUGGUCGAGGUCCUGACGCUGCGCACCUCAGUUGCUGAGGGCAGCUACCCGCGAGUUCUCAACUUCCUUGACGCUAUCGUAUUUAACGUCAAGGACGCCUUCCAAGUCUUGGCGAAUGCCGACGGACUUGAUGCUAUUUCGAAUCUGAUUGUCCACGAGGUCCAGUCUUCUACGGCAGUGGCAAGCCAGGCCGAGGGUAUGCCUGCGGACUACCGAUCGCCUUCAAUCGAUUACGAGAUCCCAUAUUACCAGCAGCAGUCUAUCAAAUGGCUGUUUAAGUUCAUUCACCACAUGAUGAACCAGGCUGGCGGUUAUGGUGGCAACUUUGACCGUCUUCUUAGGAAUUUGAUUGACUCACCGCAACUACUUGGGAGCCUUCGACAGAUCAUAAGCCAAGCAAAAAUCUUCGGAAGCUCUGUGUGGACAAAUGCGGUCAGCAUCCUGAAUGAUUUCAUCAACAACGAACCAACUAGCUUUGCAAUCAUUGCCGAGGCUGGUCUCAGCAAGGCCGUCUUGGAGGCCGUUUUGGGACACGAGAUAACUGUUCCAGCGCCCAAGGACGGUGCGCCUCAACCUGAGUCGACCAACGAGGAAGGCUCUCCAUCGCACACUGAUGACGAUAGUAUUUUCUCAGUUGUCGUUGAUGAAACUCCCCAUCCGCCAACCAAGGAGAUGCUUGAGACUCCUCGGCCUGGCCCUCUCGCCCGCGGUAUCAUGCCUUCAUCCGAAGCUAUCAUUAUCGUUCCGGAGGCCUUUGGUGCCAUCUGCUUGAAUAAUGCCGGCAUGAAGAUGUUCUUGGAGUCCAACGCUCUUCAAAGCUUCUUUGAGAUCUUUGAAAGCCCUGCUCACGUUAAGGUGCUCGAUAAUGACGCCAACAAUCUUGCUACCUCCCUUGGCUCAACCUUUGACGAACUGGUCCGCCAUCAUCCAGCUCUCAAGACCGCGAUCUUAAAUGCCGUCCUGGAUAUGGUUGCUAGAGUGAGCUACCUGUGCAAGACUAGGACCGAGACAGAGAAGCUUGGCGCGAAGUUGUUGGUCACCAACGCAAAUGGCGAUGUAGUCGUCGCUGAUCGCAACCUCUUGACGGACCAAGACAAAGGAAAGGGCAAGUCCAUUGACGCAGACGCGGAUGUGGAGAUGACCGGUGUUUCUACUGAGGCAGCUGAGCCAUCGAAAGUGUCGAAGCCUGUCAACCUGGCCGAGGAUGAUCGCGAGAACAGUGUGACUCCAUACAUUGCAGCUGUUGCCAAUUUCCUCACUCAACUGUUCAACAACGCAGGCGUACGCAACUUGUUCAUGGAGAAUGGUGGGGUCGAGGCUAUUCUGGAUUUGGCCGAGCUGCCAGUCCUGCCGAACUCACCUUCCGAUGAGCGUUCGCAUAGAAAUAUGCACACAGUUAUUGCCCUCCUCGCGGAACAGAAGGCACACAUCCUUGUACCCUCCUUGAUGAAGAGAGCGCAAGCUGCCGCAGAUACGUUGGCGCCCUUCACACAGCACCAAGGUCGAGAGGCAUACUUUGGCAAGUUCAUCGAUGGCUGCAAGCAAUCUGAUGAUCGCACUGAAAAUAUCCUACUGGCGAGAGGGACAUCGUUGGUUGAGGCUAUGGUGACGGCCCAGAAUCUAUGCAUGGCGCUGCGCCAAUGCAUUUCUUCUCCUAUUUUCAGCCGCAACCAGGCCUCGAGCUUCAGCUCUAUGAACCUCGCGGACUACUACGUUAGAUUGGUCAAGAGCCUUGGCGCUAUUCUCGCCGCUAGUAUCAAGGAGGAUUUUAAGUUGAUGAGGCUUGCGCCGAGGCAUUGGAGACGUGCUGGCCGUCAAUCAGUCCAGAUGUUCAUGAAUGAUGCGCCUGAGCCACUCAUCCCAACGAUUGAUUCUACCGAGGAGGCACUGCAUUCCUUGCUGCCGGAAGCACAGGGAACUGCCCCAAUGGCCACCUUGGUGACCGAUUCUUCUGGUGCUGAGAACCCUAUUCACAAAGUAAACCAAACUAAGACACUCACCACCGAAGAGAAGCAUAGCCCCGAGUUCAAGAACUUCCAAAAUCUACACUACCUCCUUGGCAAGAUGCCGAUAUCUAUGUCUAUCUUCUUCCAAGUUAUUGGGAAGGGCCUUGUUCCGAAGCGAACCCCUGACUCGUUCCAACGCCAGAGCAACGUUUCGAUUGCAAACGCAAUUGUUGAGACCGUUCUGUCUGAGCUGACAUCGGUGGGCGACGAGAGUUCAAGCGAAACAUACACCUUCUGGGUCCUGAUGUUCCGGACGGUGAAGGACAUCCUUGUCAAUAAUGCGAGGACGGCUGAGAGGCCACAGGAAUGCAUCACCAUUGUCGUUCAGGCAUUCAUGAAGGCUGGUGGAUUUAACACGAUUAACCACAUGCUUGGGCUCUUCGAUGCGGAAGUGAGGAACAAUGCGGAUAAGACCGUCAAUUUCAACGAUGUCGACCUUCUUCUGAGAAACGACCUGGCUACUUUGGGCAUCAAGCAUAUCCUCGAACUUUACGGUCCGCUCGUAACCGGAAAGAAUGUUGGCGAAUCUUUCCAGAGCACGACGCUGCACUCGCGAUCCGACAGAGAUCGAAACAGCCCGAACUACUUCUCGGCUGGCCAAUUCGUGCUUGAAGUGCGCAUGGCGAUCUUGCCAGCCGUUCAAAAGCUCUGGGAGUCAGAUAUUGUCGAGAAGGGCUCAAAGAUCAUCCCAAACAAGCUCAUCGACAUCAUUCGCAAUGUUAUGGAGACCGAUUUGGAGGAGGGCGCGUUUAGAAACAGUGACAAGGCGAUCGUGCCAUCCAAGCAGGGGAAGAAGAAAUGGAGAGUCAACAGAGAGAACCUCCUCAAGCUCGAAGCCGCCGAAUAUGACGAAGAGUUGGCGAUAGAGGCCUUGUUCCGCUGCAACAACAGCUAUUCCUCGGCACUGGAGUACUGCAAGGCGCAACUCAGCGAGAGAUCCGGUGGCCGUAAUAGAUUCGGAAAAGACGAUAUCGACCCAAACAUUGGUCCCGAGGAUGCUCCUGGCCACGAGACAAGACCAUCUACAGGCUCUAUCACACCAGACCAGGGUGCCGCACAAGGAGGAAACGGAGCAGGCGAAGCGCCCAAUGAUGGAGUGCCGCCACCGGUGUUCACGCAGUCCCCAGAAGAAUUUGCACCCCGUGCAUCAGUACCACCUAACUUACAGCAGAUGCUGUUGGAGAAUAUGAAUAGAACACUGGAGAAUGCGGAGGCGGGCAACCUAUUCGCUGCCAUCUCAGGAGGCGGCGAGCAAACUAAUCUGCCGGAGCGAGUUCCCAACCAGCAGCCAUCAUCGUCUUCGUCAGACAAGACCUUGGAGAGCCAGCCUGAGAUCCCUACGGUCGAGCGUCUGAACGCCGAGCGAUUGAAGAUCCGCUCGAAUCUUAUCGAGCGCUGCCUCGAGGUUAUCAAUGCACAUGGCGAGUUCACCUUUGAGAUUGCCGAUCUCAUCACCACGGUCAUUGAUAAGUCGCCCGAGCAAGCAGAGAUGCGCACAACUAUGGGUGGUACUCUGGUGGUUGCCUUGACCUCGUUCCUCAGUGACGAUGUUCGCGAGGUGGGGAAGAAGAUCGCUUCAUACGCUCACCUCCUUGCGCUUAUGCUCCAGGACCCCCAGUUCUACAAGGCUUCGCUUGAUGAGCUGAAAUCCAAUCUCGGGAACCUGCUUGAGUUUGUCAAGCUGUCGCCUGACCACAAGUCCGAGGAAUCUUCACCUUGGGUGGCUCAUAUUCUGCUCAUUGUUGAGAUCCUCCUUAGCGACGAUGCGGAGCCGAGAGAGACUGAGUGGAAGAUCCCGACGAGUGAGACUGCGUCUCUUGAGCAGCCUGUGCUUAAGGCACCCGAAUUGGUCGUAUCUACUGAGGAUAGAUCUACUCUGUUCGAAGCUAUCCUGGACAUGCUUCCCCGCAUUGGAAAGGAUGAGUCGCUUGCCUUGGCCGUUAUGCGUAUCCUGGUUAUCUUGACCCGCACUAGGCAUAUUGCUGUGGCCAUGGGCGAGAAGAAGAACAUUCAACGUUUGUUCGUCAUGGCUAAGCAACUUGCCGGUGCAGCGACACCACGCAUUCAAAGCCCGUUGAUGCUUAUUCUCCGUCACAUUGUAGAGGAUGACGACACUAUCAAGCAGAUUAUGCGAUCGCAGAUCAAGGUCUUCCUUGACCCCAACUCGAGCAGAAGCUCGCGCCACCCAGAUAUUACGCUGUAUCUCCGCAGCAUGUCGAACUUGGUUGUGAGGCAGCCAGAGCUGUUUGUGGAGGUCAGCAAUGAGAUGGUUAAGCUUGUGAAGUGGACUACGACUACGGCGGACCAGCCAGGUAGACAACAGAUCGAGCUUCAAGACAAAUAUAAGCGUACCCGUAGGGGAAAGCCAGAGGAUGCGGUCUUGCCUACAUUGAAGCCUACUGAGGAAUUGUCGAUGGAAGAUGUCAAGCCGUCCACAGAGACUGCCGAGGGAGAGGCUGCUGAGGGAUCAAAGGCUGUUGAGCACAAGGUGCCGAUCGUUGAGAACCCCGAUGGAGUGAUUUAUUUCUUGCUCUGCGAGCUCUUGAACUAUAGAGACGUGGAAGACAAGGAGGCUGCACCUCCUGCACCUGCAGAAGAUAAAGAAAAGGCAGCAGAGACCACUCCUGAGACCACGACGCCAAGCACUUCUUCAGGCGCUGAUUCAUCAUCGACAUCUAAUUCUGAUACACCUCAGAUAAGACCACUAAUCCCCCCCCCAAAGCCCGAGACGAAGAAGAAGGCAGAAUUCAAGGCAGAGGAGCAUCCGAUUUACAUCUACCGCUGCUUCUUGCUUCAGUGUCUUACCGAGCUGUUGGCUUCCUACAACCGCACCAAGGUGGAGUUCAUCAACUUCAAGAGAAAUGCUCCAGCUCACGCGGCGACGCCUUCGAAGCCACGAUCAAAUGUCGUCAAUUACCUGCUCUGUGACCUGAUUCCAUCGGGUAGCCUUGACCAUGCCGAGUCAUUGACAAUGCGCAAGAAGGUUUCUACUUCAUCGUGGGCGGAUUCGACAAUUACCGCGCUUCUGAGCAAGACUGGCGAGCAGAUCCUGGAUAGGGACCGUGACAAUACCGACUCUGAUGACGAGCCUGACUUGCUCUUUGUCCGCAAGUUUGUCCUGGAGAAUAUCAUCAAGGCGUACAGGGAAGCCAGCACCUCGACUGAGUCCCUGGACAUCAAGUACUCCCGUAUGUUGUCGCUGGCUGAUCUUAUGAGCCACAUCAUGGCUGGGAAGGACAAUAUUGGCGGCGGAUCGGAUCCAAAUGUUACCAUCCGCUCGCAGCAGCAGCUCAAGCGUAUUAUGUUCGAGAAGGGCUACAUUGGCGCCCUGACCGCGUCUAUUGCUGAUAUCGACCUUAACUUCCCCGGCGCCAAGCGUGCUGUUAAGCAUAUUCUUCGUCCAUUGAAGGCGCUUACUCAGACGGCUAUUGAAUUGAGCGAGGUUGGCAAGGUGGCUUUGACGCCUGGGCAGCAUGAUGAGGAUGAAAUCGAGUCGGCGUCGUCCGUUUCUGACGCUGAUGACGAUCGCGAGGAGACCCCCGAUUUGUUUAGGAAUUCUACGCUGGGCAUGUUUGAGCCUGAUCGUGAUCAUGAGUCGUCGUCUGAGGGUGAAGAUGAUGACGAGGAGAUGUAUGAUGAGGAUGGAUAUGAAGAGGAGAUGGAGGGGUAUGAAGAUGGUCCCAUUGAAGAUGAUGAAGAUAACAUCAGCGACGAGGAUGAGGAGCUUGAGGGAAUGGGUGAGAUUGAAGGCCUUGAUGGCGACCAUGGCAUGGACGUCGAAGUCAUUAUGGAUGACGAUGAAGAUGACGACGAGAGCGGAUCUUCUGAUGAGGAUGACGAAGAUGAAGACGAUGAUAUGGACGAGGAUGACGAAGAUGAUCGCGUCCAAAUCAUCGAUAAUGAAGGAAACGCUCAUCCACUCGCCGAGUUAGACGAUGAAGAGGACUGGGAGAGCGAAGAUGAAGACGAGGAAGAGGGCUACGAGGGUAUAGCUGCCGAUGAGGAAGAAGAGGCAAUGCAUGCUGGUGGUCAUGGUCCGUUGGGUCGUCUCGUACAUGCUUUCGGUGGGGAUCCUCAUCACCAUGGCGAAAUCGAUAAUCUUCUGCAACGCAUUGAAGAUGAGCGUGGUGGAGAUCCAGAUAUGGACAUUGAGUAUCUGGACGAUGACCAUGAAGAAGACGAUGAAGUUGAUGAGGAAGAAGAGGAGAUGGAUGACGAUGAGGAUAUGUACGAGGAGUACCAACCCCAGCCAGGAAUGCCAUUUACCUUUGAGUGGAACGACGAGCAAGAACCUCCGAUGAUUAUCUCACACCGAGGCCAUCGGGCGCACGCGGCACCGCAGCCAUCGCCCUACUUUUUCGCUUCUCACCGCGACCCACUAGGUGUGCGUGACUACUACCGCGGUUCCUAUCGUUCGCACCGACCCGGCCCAACUCCCCGCGACAACAACGACGGUACCAACCCACUCCUCCAGCGCGGCGAUCGUGCCCGCGGCGACGCCGGUCUUGUGGGAUCGACACCAUUCAUCGGACGCGAGGCCCUGUUCAACAUCGUGGGACGCGGACCUUUCGGUGGUGAGGCUGGUGGACCCGCCGCCAUACUCAACGAUCUCUUCACUCAACUACCAUUCCCAGGCGGCGCUAUUCCAGCCGCCGGCCGAAACGGCGGAGCCCUCCAUUUCCAUGUUACUGGCGGACCUGGUGGAGCCGAUGCCCGAGAGUUCCAGGCCAUGUUUGGUGGGAUGAGACCGGGGAUGGCUCGCGGCCACGAGCGAGGCCCAGGGGCUGCUGAACCUGGCGCUGCUACGACUUUCACUACGCAAUUGACGGCGACUAGAUGGAGCGAGGAGGCUAGACUACUGUUUGGCCCUAGGCAUCCGGAUAUGGCUUUGAGAGUUCUUAUGGGCCUCAUGGCUGUUGUCGUCCCGGCUGCCCUUGAGGCGGAGAAGAAGGCAAUCCAAGAGAAGAAGGAGGCUGAGGAGAAGAAGAGGAAAGAGGAUGAGGAGAAGGCCGCGCAGGCGGCGAAGGAAGCCGAAGAGAAGGCUGCCAAGGAAAAGAAAGAAGCAGAGGAACGUGAGGCGGAAGAGAGAGCCAGAGCUGAGGAAGCUGCUGCUGCUGCGGCGGCUGCUCCCCCAGCUGAGGAGCAACCCCAAGAAGCUGAGAACGCCCAGCCAAUGGAAGGUGUGGAGUCCGGCGAGGCUGCUGCUGCCGGAGAGGGAGAAGGCGCACCUGCUGAAGAUAGGCCGCGCGUGACGAUUCCAUUCCGCGAUGGUACUCUUGAUAUUACGGAUUUGGGAAUUGAUCUCGAUUACCUUGAUGCUCUCCCAGAGGAGCUUCGAGAGGAAGUCAUCACAGGAGCUAUUGCUCAGCGCCGCUCAGACGCUGCUGCUACUGGCGCACCGCCAUCGGAGAUCGAUCAAGAAUUCCUCAACGCCUUGCCAGAUGAGAUUCGCGCUGAGAUUAUCCAGCAAGAGAGACAGGAUCGUCGCCGCCGCGAGCGCGAUGAGGCCCGUCGUCAAGCUGCUGCUAACGGAGCUCCGGUUCCAGUGCCGCAAGAAAUGGAUGCUGCGAGCAUUCUGGCAACCUUACCUGCGGAUUUGAGAGCCCAGGUACUUGCGGAGCAAGAUGAGGAUGUGCUGGCUCAGUUGCCUCCUGAGUAUAUCGCACAGGCACGCGCUUCCAUGGGCGGUCACCCGCUCCGCAGUCUGAAUCGCGUGCUUGAAGGAGCGAGACCAGGCCUUCCAAGUGGGGUCGAAAUUGUCAAGCCUGUCCGUCGUAGCAUUGUUCAGAUGCUCGACAAGCCUGGUGUUGCUACCUUACUUCGUCUGAUGUUUAUCUUCCAGCAGGACAGCUUGCGGAACACGUUAUACCAGGUCCUCCAGAAUAUCUCCGAGAACCGCCAUAACAGAGGCGAGGUUAUUAGCACGAUUCUGCAUAUUCUGCAGGAUGGUAGCGCUGAUAUGACGGCUGUUGAGAGAAGCUUUGCGCAUCUGUCUUUGAGAGCCAAGCAACCUAAAGAUAAGGACCCGAAGACUCCUUUGUCUCUUAGCAGGAAGAACACUGGGACCGGAUUGGCAGCUCUUACAACUGUUCCUAACUCGGAUAUCUCGCCACUGAUGGUCGUCCAGCAAUGUCUUGGAGCACUCAUCUACCUCUGCAAGGUCAACCUCCAUGUGCCGUCCUUUUUCUUGACGGAGCAUGAAUCCGCAGUUAGUGGUCUCAAGCGCAACGCAAGCCGAAAGGGCAAGGGCAAGGAUACCAAGGCGCUGAAGUUCCCGUUGAACUCCCUCCUGAUCUUGUUGGAUCGCAAGUUGAUCAUGGAGAGCUCGCCUGUUAUGGAGUCACUCUCGGAUCUGCUGAGCCGCAUCACGGCGCCACUCCAGACGUUUGAACGUAAACAGAAGGAGGCCGAGGAGGCUGCCAAGAAGGCCGAGGAGAAGGCCGCGGAGAAGCCCGCUGAGGGUGAAGGUGAAGGUGAGGCGGGACCUGCCGAGCAACAAGGAGAGAACAUGGAUACCGAUUGUCCAGAACCGGCUACUACGGAAGAUCCGCCAGCAGAGGCAGGUUCUUCGACCGCCGACGCUCCAAAGGCCGAUGGCGAUAAGACUGAUGACAAGACUAAGGAGGCUGAGAAGAAGAAAGUGCGACCAUUCGUUCCACCUGUGGUUCCGGAUGCCAAUCUCAAGCUCGUGAUCAACAUCUUCGUUGCUCGUGAGUGUAGCGCCAAGACCUUCCGCGAGACCCUUUCGACCAUCAAGAACCUUUCGUGCCUUCCAGGUGCAAAGGCUGUCUUUGGCAAGGAGCUCAUCGCCAAAGCUCAAGAGCUUGGUGAAGUGAUUCUCCUGGAUCUCGAGGAGCUCUUCCCACAGAUUCAGAAGGCUUCAAACAGCACUGAACUUCAGGGUGUAGCUCUUACCAAGUUCUCGCCUUCGGGAUCAGACCAGAACAAGUUGCUCCGUGUCCUCACUGCUUUGGACCAUCUCUUUGAUCCGAAGCAUGCCAGAAAGGACGCCACGACUGAAGCCGAAGGAAGUGAGACUGCCGAUACCGAGAAGCAAGAUCUCCUAGCCACGCUUUAUGAGAACUCUACCUUUGGCCCUAUGUGGGAGAAGCUUAGCGCUUGCCUCAGCGCCAUCAGACAACGCGAUCACAUGCUCAAUGUGGCUACUAUUCUGUUGCCAUUGAUCGAGUCGCUGAUGGUGGUUUGCAAGAACACGACACUGAAGGAUCAGCCUCUUCGUGGCAAGGAUAACAUGCUUACCAGCCCCGUUCCGGAAUCGCGCAUGGAGAGCCUGUUCUUCACCUUUACGGAGGAGCACCGCAAGAUUCUCAAUGAUCUUGUUCGCAACACGCCCAAGCUCAUGAGCGGGACGUUCUCGCUCCUGGUGAAGAACCCGAAGGUGUUGGAGUUUGACAACAAGCGCAACUACUUCAACAGGAGCAUCCAUAACCGCAACAACCCGGCUCGCCAGUCGUACCCGUCGCUGCAGCUUUCGGUCCGUCGUGACCAGGUUUUCCAUGACUCUUUCAAGUCUCUGUACUUCAAGAGCGGUGAUGAGAUGAAGUUUGGCAAGCUGAGCAUUCGAUUCCAUGGCGAGGAGGGAGUGGAUGCCGGUGGUGUUACUCGUGAAUGGUUCCAGGUGCUAUCGAGACAGAUGUUCGACCCUGGGUACGCUCUGUUUAUCCCCGUGUCUUCCGACAGGACUACGUUCCACCCCAACUUGACGAGUAGCAUCAACCCCGAGCAUCUUAUGUUCUUCAAGUUCAUCGGUCGCGUCAUUGGAAAGGCCCUUUACGAAGGUCGAGUCCUGGAUUGCCAUUUCAGUCGUGCAGUCUACAAGAGAAUUCUCGGCAAGGCCGUGUCGGUCAAGGAUAUGGAGUCGCUCGACCCCGACUACUACAAGUCCGUUGUCUGGAUGUUGGAGAACGAUAUCACCGACAUCAUCAGCGAGUCCUUCUCCGUUGACAAUGACAAGUUUGGUGUUGUCGAGACUGUCGAUCUCAUCGAGAACGGUCGCAACGUCCCCGUCACGGAGGAGAACAAGCAUGAGUACGUUCGCUUGAUGGUGGAGUUCAAGCUCACUGGAUCGGUCCAGGAGCAGUUGGACAAUUUCCUCAAGGGCUUCCACGAGAUCAUCCCCGCUGAGCUGGUCGCAAUCUUCAACGAGCAAGAGCUCGAGUUGCUCAUCUCUGGUCUUCCAGAGAUCGAUGUCGACGACUGGAAGGCAACCACCGAGUACCACAACUACACCGCUUCCUCGCCGCAGAUCCAAUGGUUCUGGCGCGCCAUCCGCUCCUUUGACAAGGAAGAGCGAGCUAAGAUGCUGCAGUUCGUUACCGGCACGUCCAAGGUUCCUCUCAACGGCUUCAAGGAGCUUGAGGGCAUGAAUGGGUUCAGCAGGUUCAACAUCCAUCGCGAUUAUGGAAACAAAGAUCGUCUACCAACUUCGCAUACUUGCUUUAACCAGCUUGAUCUCCCAGAGUACGAGAGCUACGAAAUGCUCCGCCAACAGGUCCUCACGGCCAUCACGACGGGAAGCGAGUACUUUGGUUUCGCAUAAGAAAAGCCAGAUAGUCCGUUUUUGCACUUUUAGUUUCGCUCAGUCACAAAACACGGGAAGAAGGGAGAAACAUUUUUUUAUUUUAUUUCAUAAUUUGGCAUGAGACCUGGUUUUCGUUUAACUCGACGCAUUUACAAAGGCGCACAAGAAAUGCACGAAUUGUUUUUGCUGGCUGUUUUCUUCGUUGGGAAUGGGAAAGGGGGAUCGGGGGCGUGCGCGCGUUGUGUGUGAUACGAAUAUAGCGAAGGAGCGGAGUGG